AAAGCGGAAGUCGUCAUAACUGUCCAGUCCAAAAAAAAAGAGCUUGUAGUAGCAGUGAAAUAGAAACGUUUUCUUUAGAAUGUGUUGAUUAUUUUAAUUUUGACUGUAAAAUUAUAUAAUUAUAAUUAUAACUUGGCAUAUUCGUAUUAUCUCGGGGGGCUUUAAAGAACACACGAGAAGUCACACAGGAAUGCUGGCUAUUUCUUUAGCGAAUGUUAGCAAUCGUAGCUAACAAGACCACUAACCUAAGUCAGGAACGCUAUUUUCAUGAAUUACGUUACAUAAAGUCAUAUUAGCCUAUUUUUAGUAUUGCCAACUGGUUUCUGGAUACCGUCUACUUUAAAUGGAUGAGCACAAGGAGAACAUUGAUGCCAAGGACGUCAACGUGAAGAUGUCAAAUACAAGAGAAGAUGAAAAGGCAAAGCCUUGCAGCAAGAUUUGUCCUGCUGGAGAAUCUGCUCCUCAGGUGUCCCCUUCUCAGUCGAACAGUGACUUCAGUCAUCCGGUAUACAAAGAAAUCGCUUUGGCUAACGGACACAUCAACCGCAUGUCCAAGCAGGAGCUGCGAAACAAGUUAGCAGAGCUGCAACUCGACACAAGAGGCGUUAAGGAUGUGAUGAAGAAGAGGUUGAAGAGUCACUACAAGAAGCAGAAGCUGAUGCAGUCUGCUGCCGACGGAGGGCCCACUGACACCUACUACGACUACAUCUGUGUGGUGGACUUUGAAGCAACAUGUGAAGAGGAUAAUCCUCCAGACUUUCAUCAUGAAAUCAUUGAAUUCCCCAUGGUUCUUAUCAACACACACACCUUAGAAAUUGUGGACUCCUUUCAGGAAUAUGUAAAACCAGAGUUGAACCCACAGCUCUCGGACUUUUGUGUGAAGUUAACAGGGAUAACACAGAAAAUGGUUGAUGAAGCAGAUCCAUUUCCAGCAGUCCUUGAGCGGGUUGUAGCUUGGCUUCAGGAGAGGGAACUCGGAACAAAGUACAAAUACGCCAUUCUAACUGAUGGGGCCUGGGACAUGAGCAAGUUCCUGAACAUUCAGUGCCAAAUUAGCCGGAUCAGAUAUCCUCAGUUUGCAAAGAAGUGGAUAAACAUAAGGAAAUCAUAUGGAAAUUUCUACAAGGUCCCCCGCACGCAGACAAAACUGAGUACCAUGCUGGAGAAUUUGGGUCUGAAGUAUGAGGGGCGUCCUCACUCUGGUCUGGACGAUUCACGCAACAUCGCCAGGAUAGCUAUACGCAUGCUGCAGGAUGGGUGUCAGCUGCGAGUCAAUGAACGCAUGCACGCCGGCCAGCUUCUCUCUGUUCCCAGCUCAGCUCCUGUGGAAGGAGCUCCUCCACCACAUAAGCCCCGCAGCAGGGACUAGACCUGGACACUGAUGAGUGUGCAUACAGAGAUCCAAAGCACUUUUACAGUCUUAUGUUAGCUGUAGGUAGUGAAGGGUAUUUUAAUCUGACCAAUAAAUGAGGUCAGCAUUUUGAUUUCAGAUUCAUAUGUGACGUUUCCACUCUGAACCUCCAGAUAUUUUUACGCCGACUGAAUGAAAACAGAGAUCAUUCCAGUGCGUCGUGGGAGGAUUGUGAUUGUCUUCGACGUCUGCAGUGUUUUCAGUCUGGUAAACCUCCCUCGCCCUGCCAUAUCCAGCUGUGACUGAGCUUGAUUAAAAUGUCUUUCAGCUGUCUCAUGAUGGUGUGAAUUUUAUGUCAGGUUUUGCUUCCAAUAAUACAAGUAUAUAAAAAAAAAGUGAGAAAAUUUAAGUUCUGGGGCAUUAAAAAUAAAAAACUGAUCAUCUGCAGCUUCACAUCAACAACAUAUCCAGUUUACCAUUGUGCUAGUAAUAUAAACAAGAAUCUACACAAAUGUUGCUGCUGUUGUUGUGCUGAUGGAAGUUUUGCAUCAGAGCUAUAACAUCACACUGUUUCCCACUUUUCCAGAGUGAGUUGAAGAUUUAGAAGAAGUUGAGUGGACUUUAAAUGUCUAUGGAGAUCCUGAUGCACCACAAGUAAAGAGAAUAGACUGUCAUUAUUCAAAUUUAGUACAGGUGUUCGUUUCAUAAACUGAUGUGCAGCUGAAGAAAUGUAUGUCCUACUGUAUGGGUUAAGUCUGUGUUCUCAGUUUUUGUUUUGAUAUUGAAUUGAUUCUUAUUUCAAGGAGGAUGCUCUAUUUUAACAGGAACAAAUAUUCUUUUGAGUGCCAAAUAUUACAAAUAAAAUGUUUCUGAUCUUGUAAAUAAAAUCUGUCAUCUUUGUCUAACCUUCA